AUGGCGAUCGAGAACUCGCCUAAAUCAGCCGAGAAAAUCGCCUCGAUCGAUCAUCUCCUAUCUCGAAUCCUCUUACUCCUCCCUCUAAAAUCCCUCCUCCGUUUCAAAUCCGUCUCCAAACCCUGGCUGGCCCUCAUUUCAAGCCCGGAAUUCUGCCGCCUCCGCCUUCCCUACCCCAAUCCUGCUGCCGGCCUUCUUUUGCAGCCCGCCAGCGACCACCACCCGGUCGAUUACUCCUGCAAUGGCCUGCUCUUGCUCCGGUCCAAACACGGGCACCACAUCUACAAUCCAACGACCAAUUCCUGCUCCGAUAUUCUCGAACUGGGCGAAAAGUUGGGUGAAAUACGUGAGAUGAGCUUGGCUUUUGAUCCGCCCGAGUCUCGUUACAGCGUUAUUUGCGUCCGGUCGCUUGGGACAGAUUAUUCGCGGUUUGUAAUCGGAAUUUAUUCUUCUGGGACCCGUUCAUGGCGGCCGUGGGGCGAUCCUUUCCCUGCCGACGUCGAUUUCAGAAAGGGGGUCUACUGGAAAGGCGCGGUUCAUUGGGUGAGUGUAACGGGAGGUAAUUCCCUGUGUUUCAAGGUUGCAGAUCAGGUGCUCGAUAAAAUGCCUGUUUUGCCUCAUCGGUAUAUACCGAUUGCUCGAGCUUUUUCGAGCGAUUAUUUAUUGAUUCAGUCUUGUGGGAGCUUGCAUUUUGUUGAGUACGUAAGAGCAGUCAUUCGAUUUGAAGUGUACGAGAUGAGGAGCGAUUAUUCGGAGUGGUUUGUUAAGUACCGAGUGAACCUCUCGCCGGUGGUUCCCCGCAAUCGGGAGAUGGAUUUUGGUUAUGUUAAUCCGCUGGGAUGGUUUAACUGGAAUUUCUCUGUCUUGAGCAUUGUACGUGGGGAACGUGAGGAGGACUCCUUCUUGGUUUUGCAGACCCCGUCAAAAAUCAUUAGGUACAAUCUCGUUUGCCAGACUUUUGAAAAUUUGUAUGAGUUUGAAGAGGGUGUUGUUGUCGAGGGCUCUUUGAGAUAUUCUUGUGUUGGUGGAUUCGAGUACAUUGAGUCUUUAUGUUGUGUGUAG